AUGAAACUAUCGUCUGCCUUGCUUCUCGGAUUUCUUCCUCUGGCUCUAGCCAAGUCGAUUCUGGUCACUUACCCUCAGGACACUCCGGACUCGGUCAUCAAGGAAGCGCAGAAGUCCAUCGUGCAAGGCGGUGGUAAAAUCACUCAUGAGUACCAUUCCCAAGCCGCGACGCAUUCCCUCCCUCCCAACAUGGCGUCGGAACACACGAUCACUCAGGCCCUGUUGGAAUGGAUCAACAGUUUCUCUCUCGGUAAAACGCUACGAUCUACUGAGGAAUUAAGCGAUGGCACGAUACUUUGGGAAAUUCUGCAGGAUAUUGACCCUCAGUACUUCCUCAACGAAUUGCCCGAGCGGAAUACAUCCGAUCACUGGGUUGCGAAACUGGCCAACCUGAAACAUGUCCACAAGCAUCUGACCGGUUAUCUGCGAAUGCAAACCGGCAAACUGCCUUCUGGCUUGGACCCGUCUCCUGAUCUUCAAGCUAUUGCGGAAAAUAACUCGGUGAAGGACACCAACAAGCUCCUGAAACUGCUCCUGAUCGCCGUCAUUCGCUCGCCAAACCCAGAGAGAUUCGUCAAUCAAAUACAGGAUUUGAGUCUACAGGCGCAGGAAGGGCUCAAGAUCGCAAUCGAGGAGUCAAACGGGGAAUUGGUCUCAACCGAUGUCGAAGACGAAACCAACGAAGACACCAAGAAACAGGACCUUCCGGUCGAUCUCGAGCUGCAAUUCGAAGAACGAGUGGGAAAGGUGAUUGCGGAGAACGAUCGCUUGACGCAUGAAAAGAAGGAGUUGGAGAAAGCGCUGGAAGAUCUGCACAACCGCCUGGCGCGCCUCCAGGAAAACAAUGACACUCUGCAGAGCCGUCUUGCUUCAACGGAGGAUCGCUUGGUGACACUGAAGUCCGGAAAAGGCGACAUUGGGGUCAGUGCAAAGGCUUUGGAGUCAAAGACGCGUCAGCAGGAGGAUUUGAUCGCAUCCCAGGAGGAGAGAAUCGCCGCAGCGCAGGAUGAGAUUGACAGCUUGCGCAUGACGGUGGAGUCACUACAUGUCAAGAAUCAGCGCUUCCAGAAAUUACAAGAUGAUUACGAUGAGCUUAAGACCGACAGGGAUCAGCUUGCGCGAAAAGCCAAUGCAGCGGAAAAGUACCGUCAAAAGCUACAGGCCAGUCAGGAUUUUGAGAAAGAGAACCAGAGUCUGAAGAACCAAAUUAAAGACCUCCAGCAGCAAUUAAAGGAUGCGGACUCGCAGCAGAGAUGGUCAGCGGAGCGUGAAGUAGAACUUGAGGAAUAUCGCAGAGUUCUUCCGCGCAUCGAGCAGGAAUGCAGCGAGAUUCAGAACCUGAAAAAGCAGCUUGAAUUCAACAAUCAUGCCCUUACGGAACGCCUCAGUAGUGCCGAAGAACAGCGCGAGAGAGAUGAUGCACUGAUUAGUGAAUUGAGAGAACGGAUCCGCGAGCUUGAGGGCUCGCCCGGAAGUCCAUCGCUCACUCCAGGCACCGAGACACCAAAGCGAGGCACAUUACAGGAAGACUUUGAGGGCAUAGGUAUCCAGGAAUCUCAACUGUCAGUCCUUCCCACUAUAUUCGAAGAGGCUGAGCUGACCGACAGUAGUAAAGCGGAAAAUGACGAGCUGCGCAAGGAGGUCGAGUCGCUAAAGGAACAGCCCUCUGUAAGUUGGCUCGAGGAGGAAUUAGGAAAGUUCGCUGCGUACCAUGCUGACGACGAAUCCCAGAUUGGUUCCCAAUUUGAGGGAUUCUCGGAGAAUUUCUCACAUAUUCAUCGGCUCGCUCAGGCCAAUUCGUCACAAGGGUAUGUGAUUGAACCUCUUUUCUCACCACGUACUCACGGAAGGUUCAGUGACGAGUAUUGGAAACUAUACGACCACUACACGCAAGCACUUGGAAAACUUGCCGACGCUCAAGAUUCUCUCGAAAUUACCAAGAGGGCCCUGACAGACGCCAUGGCUGAGGUUGGACUUGCCGGCAAGGAGAAAGUAGACAUGAUUCAUGAAGUCAAGGAGAGCAACUCAGCCGAAGUGGCCAAGCUUCGUGCUGAAUGGGAUGACUGUCUGCAUAGAAUACAUUUGCUCGAGGCUGAGCUUGACGCUAGUCAAGAGUUGGUCCGAGAAGUGUGCGCCGAACGCGAUGAGCUGCGCAGCUUGUUCGACAAAAAGCAAGUCGAAAUACACGCGGAGGAUCAGGAAAUGUCCAACGAGAUGAAGAGGCUGCUGGCGGAACUGACGGCCCAGGAGAACGGUGAUUCUGCAGAUGCUUCUCAGAAAUCUGGUCCCGAGCUCGCCAAAGAAGUCGCCGAACUGAUCGAGAAGUAUCUUGAAAAGCUUGCGAAGCGCGCAGAGGUCAGUAGAUUCUCUCCAGUCCCUUUCAGUAACGCCGGAUCUACACAUUCUGGGAAAGUCUUUGCGAAGAGUUCAUCUACCGCGGCUGUAAAUGCUGGUUUGCGCCCUCAGCCACGGCGCUACAUUCACCAUCAAAACGAGCACAUCAAAUUCCUACAAGAGCGCAUCAGGCAUUUCGAAGAAGACGAUGCCGCUGAUGGUAUUAGCAAGGAGCGCGAGCUCGAGCUUCAGAAGGUCAUCGACAACCAGGCCCGCGAAUUGGCUCUUAUCAGCUCCGCCUGGUAUGAUCUCCAAGGCCGUUUACAAAGCAACAAUGUCACAGUGUCGAGAUUCCGCAACGGAGCCAACAUAAGCGAAUUUCAAAAGGGCUGGUUGGGGAGACAAAGAAGUCUAGUAGCAGGUCGCUAG